GCCUUUCUGCUUCUCCACAAGAAAAAGGCAGAGAGAGAGAGAGAGAGAGAGAGAGAGAGAGCGAGCGAGCGUUGAAGCUGAGAUUUUGCUAGUUUUGGGAGAGUCUUCUCUCCCUCUCUUUGUAGAUUGUGUGUUUAUGAUAUCUGCGAUGAUGGUUUUAGCUCUUUUGACUGAAGAAAGAGAGAUCAGAUAAAGCAGAAAAGAGGGGAAAUCUAUCAUUUUCUCCGUUAGAGAGUCGUUUUGGGCAAAUGUCAUGAGCGUUGCAGGGUUUUUCUUGUUGUGAAAUCAAAAGGGUCUCUCUUUUUUUCAAGGGUUUUUGAGAAAAAUGCCAUUGUUUCUGUUGCCUGCUUGGAGGAAAGAUGGAGAAGGUAGGUUCGAGGGUGGUGUGCAUGCUCUGGAUCUUGAAAUUUCUGCUAAAGAUGGGAUUUUGGGAUGUGGGUUGGAGAAAUUGGAUCUGAAGAAGAUGAUUGAUGAGCUUGAUUUGUCUGAUGUACCGUCCGUUUUCAUCUGUCCCAUCUCCUUAGAGCCUAUGCAAGAUCCUGUGACUCUUUGUACAGGCCAGACCUAUGAGAAAUCCAACAUACUCAAAUGGUUCUCACUGGGCCACCUCACAUGCCCCACCACCAUGCAAGAGCUCUGGGACGAUUCGAUCACGCCCAACAAGACGCUCUACCAUCUGAUCUACAGCUGGUUUUCUCAGCGGUAUGUGCAGAUGAAGAAACGGUCAGAGGAUGUUCAAGGCAGGGUGAUUGAGCUUCUAGAGACUCUUAAGAAGGUCAAGGGCCAGGCUAGAAUUCAAGCACUGAAGGAGCUCCAGCAGGUUGUCGUUGCCCACGCAUCCGCAAAGAAGACCGUCGUUGAUCAAGGUGGGGUUGCUUUGAUUUCAUCUCUGUUGGGCCCUUUCACGUCCCAUGCUGUCGGGUCCGAAGUGAUUGGUAUUUUGGUGAAUUUGACACUUGAUUCGGAAUCAAAGACGAAUUUGAUGCAGCCUGUGAAGAUCUCGCUGUUGGUGGACAUGUUAAAUGAAGGGACCGUUGAGACCAAGAUCAAUUGCACAAGGCUGAUUGAAAUGUUGAUGGAGGAGGAGGAUUUCCGAUCGGAUAUUGUCUCGAGUUUGAGCCUUUUGGUUGGUUUGUUGAGGCUGGUGAAAGAUAGGCGGCAUCCGAACGGGACAUCAGCCGGUCUCACUCUUCUCAGGAUGAUAUGCUCCUUCAAGCAAGUCAGGAACUCGGUUGUGAGCAUUGGGGCUGUUUCACAGCUGGUUGAGCUCUUACCAAUUUUGAAUUCUGAUUGCCUGGAAUCCGCGCUGUUUAUAUUGGACGGUUUGUCGACACUGCCGGAAGGGCGGGCCGCUUUGAAAGACUGCCCCCACACAAUUCCCAACAUAGUGAGGCUUCUGAUGCGGGUUUCAGAGAGCUGUACUCAGUAUGCAUUGUCGAUCUUGUGGGCCGUCUGCAAGCUUGCGCCGGAGGAAUGUGCUUCACUUGCUGUGGAGGCAGGUCUGGCCGCGAAGCUUCUGCUUGUUAUACAGAGUGGUUGCAAUCCCGUCUUGAAACAGCGGUCUGCAGAGCUCUUGAAGCUAUGUAGUCUGAAUUACACAGCUACCAUUUUCAUUUCUAAGUGCAAGCUCACAAGAACGAUCCAAUGAAGGAAGAAUGUUAUUACUUGGGUCUUUCUCCCAUCAUCAUUGGCAGUGAAGGAGAUGGCAGGGUCUGUCCAAUUCGAGAUGAAUCAUGAAUGGGGGAGAGUUUGAGCUGAUCAACGAUCAUACAUUGCCCACCCAGUUGGCCCAUCUCGCAAGGUAUUCAGCUCGGUUCACCUGUGCAUACUAAAACCUGUAAUUCUCUGUCCUACUGAUUUGCAUACAUGAAAAGCCAUGAUAAUGUAGAUUUAGAGGCUCCUUUUACAGUGAUGUGAAAUUCUGCGGUGGAUUUGUGUCCACUGCCCGAUGCCGCUGGUGGGGUCCACAGAAGUUUUCUCAAUAAGCCUGCGAAUUGCAAAUCUGGGCCAUUUUUGUUCUGCUUAAGAAAACUAAAAAAAGGAACUCCCUUUUCUCA